AUGUCGACAGUAUGGUACUGCUGCGGCUGCAGCUUCGGUCCUCACAACGGAGACCUCCACGACGCCUGCAUCUCGUGCGGCAGAACAAAGUGCUCACUCUGUGACGAAGAGAAACUCUCUCGACGCAUGAUGGCCUCCUCCUCUCAUAGUCUCCAGCAUCUCCCUUCUCCGUACGCUGUCGCUGCUUCCUCCCUCGACGGAUCCCAGACUUUCUGCUACAAGUCAAAAUCCACGCCCUCGUACACAGAGCUAUUAGAGGAUGAGCCUCGGUUACGGCCACUAGAACGGGGUGCCCUCAUCCAUCAUUCCGCCUCUUCUUCGUCAACUGCUAUCCCCGCCGAUGGCGUGCAGUCCUGCUCCGACACGUACAUGUACAUCUGCUGCCAAUGUGACGACGGACCCAAAGUCUACAACCACCAGCCCCAGUGCGUGGUCUGUGAUCACAAUGCGUGCAGCGCGUGCUACUAUGUCAAGUGA